UCCUCUCCUUUGGCGUCCGUUUCACUUUCCCUCCAACCCUUUAUAUCCACCACCACCUCCCACCUCACCUCCCGCUCGCUCGCGCUCGCGCUCUCUCUCUCCCUCUCUUUCCCUCGCCUCCAGCUCCAAGACCCCAAGCAAGCUAGAGCUAGAGCAGGCAAGGAGAGCGGGCUCAGCCAAGAAACUGAGGGAGCGAUCGGUCGGCCGAUGAUGACGAUGGCGGCGGAGGACCAGGCGGCGGUGCCGCGGGUGGUCUCGAUCCUGUCGGCGCUGCUGGAGCGCGUGGCGGAGCGCAACGACGUCGUCGCGGCGGUGGAGCGGCGCAUACGGGACGUGGAGGAGCAGCAGCAGGAGGAGGAGGAUCAAGGAGAAGACGGCAAGGAGACGACGACGACGGCGAAGAAGAAGAAGGCGGUGUCGGCGUUCCAGGGGCUGACGAAGCCGGCCAUCUCCGUCGGCGGCUACCUGGAGCGCAUCUUCCGGUUCGCCGGCUGCAGCCCCUCCUGCUACGUGGUGGCCUACAUCUACCUCGACCGCUUCCUGCGCCGCCGCCCCGCCCUCGCCGUCGACUCCUUCAACGUCCACCGCCUCCUCAUCACCUCCGUCCUCACCGCCGUCAAGUUCGUCGACGACAUAUGCUACAACAACGCCUACUUCGCGAGGGUGGGAGGGAUCAGCCUGAUGGAGAUGAACUACCUGGAGGUGGACUUCCUCUUCGGCAUCGCCUUCGACCUCAACGUCACGCCCGCCGUCUUCGCCUCCUACUGCGCCGUGCUGCAGACCGAGAUGGCGUACCUCGAGCACCCGCCGCCCUCCAUCGACGCCGUCUCCCCCACCAGCUUGCUGCAGCACUGCUUGCCCGACCAGGAGGUCGACACCGCCGCCGCCGCUACCAAGUCCGGCUGCCACCGACACCAGCAGCAGCUCACCGUCUGAUCGAUCGGGCUCUUCCUCUCUCUCUCUCUCUCUUGUCCCUGCGGUGUCAACUGUCAUGGUCUCUUCUUUUCUCCUUUUCUUUUCCCUUUACCGUUCUUGGUACAUAGGUGUUGGUUAGUUAGGAUGGAUUUCGCCAUUGUUGGAAGAGAAGGAUCAGUAUGAAUGGAAGAACGGAUCGGAUUGA